AUGCAUAUUAUUUUUUCGGGUUCCCUGACGCACGCAGUGCUCCACCAAACGAACCGUAGCCAGAUAUGGCUCGCAGACGACAAGACCAGGAAGCUGCCGAUCAUUCUAAAAAGUGUGCACCUCCGCGAGUUCGCGCUGUCAAAAGGGGCCAAUGGAUCGUGGUUGAGUAUCAACAUUUGCUGGGGCAUCGCUCUACUCAUGGGCGUGUACAUCGCGGAAGGAGUCAGCGGUGCGCACCUCAACACGGCCGUGACCUUCACACACGCGAUGUUUGGCCGUAUUCCAUGGUGGAAAGUGCCGGGGUACGCUUUCGCGCAAACAUUCGGCGCGUUCGUCGGGGCUGGGCUGAUCUACAUCUACCAGUAUCAAAACAUCAUGGAAGAGGACCCAGACAAGAUCGCAAUGCACGCCAACUUUGCGACGUAUCCGAACGAGAAGAUCUCCAACCUCACUGCGUUCUACAGCGAGGCGCUGGCCACGGGCUUACUGCUAAUUGCAAUCUACGCUAUCACGGAUCAGCGGAACCGUGGCGCUGGUACCGUUGGUACGCCAUUCGCUUUCUCUCUGCUCUUCAUGGGGCUCGAAAUGGCUUUUGGUAUGAACACUGGCUAUGCGCUGAACCCGGCGCGGGACUUUGGUCCAAGACUGCUGACGUUCUUUGCUGGUUUCGGCUCGAAGGUGUUUAGCAGUAGAAAUUACUACUUUUGGAUCCCAAUCUUCGGACCAAUGCUGGGCGGAGUCAUCGGUGCUGGAGCCUACAUUUUGCUGGUGCAAAUCCAGCAUGAUGUUGAAGAUGAGGAGGAGGACGUGUAG